AUGAGUGGGCGGCGCAGAUCUCCACCUCCUCCGCCGCGGCCUUACAAGGACGAAACGUCUCGACGAGGAUACAGGAACGACCGAGGAGGAACCUCCUCAUCGCAAGAAUUCCGAAGACGACGUAGUCCAAGUCCGGGAUACUCGUGGUCGUCUUCAUCGAGGCACGAUUCGGAUAGGCGCGAAAGGGGAUACGAUGACAGGAGUGCUUGGAGAGGCGAACGUAGGGACAGAGAGAGAGACGAUCAACGCAGUGAUCGUAUUCCGCCGCCGCCUCGGGACAGACCAGCUGCAUCCGACCGAGAGGACACAUUGUCGCGUGAUUCCCGCUCGAACCACUGGAGCUAUUCGAGACCACACGACGAAGGCAUCCAUUAUCGCAGAAGAAGGAGCCGAAGUCGAUCGCCUCCCACGUCCUCAAUACCAGAAGCAUCCGCUCUUGCCCGUGUAUCUACUUCACAGACUGUCGCCACAGUUAGCGCACCCGACGCAAAAGCCGUUGGUAAGCAAGAUGCAGAGGACGGAGAGACCACCGAACAGGACGGCGAAGAGGAAGCAAUGGCGGCCAUGAUGGGUUUCGGCGGGUUUGGCACUACAAAGAACAAAAAAGUCGCGGGCAAUGCAGCGGGCGCGGCAGAAGUGAAAAAGGAACGCACCUGGAGGCAGUACAUGAACAGAAAAGGUGGGUUCAAUCGACCGCUCGACAAGAUCAAAUGA